AUGCCUUCUUCUCGCGCUCCUGCCGGUUCUCUUCAAUUUUGGAACAAUCGUGUUCUUGGUCGCCUUGAGCGUAUAGCAUCCUCCUUAUUCCCAUCCUAUCCUAUCCCCGUCCCCGUCUCCGUCUCCGUCUCCGUCCCCGUCCCCGUCUCCGUCUCUGUCUCCGUCUCCGUCUCCGUCUCCGUCUCCGUCUCCGUCUCCGUCUCCGUCCCCGUCCCC